CACAAGGGUCCAAGUCCAAGAAAAUUAACCCCGGUCCGGUGGACUGGAGGAGAUAGCAAACGUGACGAAACCUGUCCUCCUUCCCCGGAAGAAUCUUCCAUGGCCUCCGCUGCGAUUCCAGUCCCGGCGAUUUCCGCCGUCUACCCACCCGCAAGGCUUCAUUUCCGUACGAAGCUUCUUCCUUCAUCGUUUCCUCGUCGCCUUCGCCGUCGACUCGCCCCUCCUCUUAGGGCGGCGGCGGCGGCUGCCUCCUCCUCGUCCUCCUCCUCCUCGUCCUCACUUUCUCUGGGGGCGGUUCCGGGGCAUGAAGUUGAGGAGUUUGAUGUGACGAGCAGCGGCAGCAACGUGGGGCUUCUUGAUCGGGUGAGAUCCGGCAUCGCGAUCCUCCGAGAUGUGCUUCCUGGCGGAAGUUGGUGGGAUCUUGAGCAAAUAGAAUGGGGGAAGGGGAGCGCUGAAGUUUGGAAUAGCGGGAAGAAGGGGUUGUCCGUUAGCGCGGCGCUCCGUCGCAUGUGGAUGCUCGUGGCUAAUGACAGAUUGGUCAUCUUCGUCGCCUUUGCAUGCCUUGCCUUUGCAGCGCUGUCAGAAAUAUCAAUACCUCAUUUCUUAACUGCAUCUAUUUUUUCUGCACAAAGUCAACAAACUAUGAUGUUCUACAGAAAUGCAAGGCUUCUGGUUUUGUUGUGCUUAAUAUCUGGCAUAUGCAGUGGAUUACGAGGGUGCUGUUUCGGUAUUGCAAACAUGAUAUUGGUUAGGCGUAUGAGAGAAAUGCUUUAUGAUGCUAUACUUUUUCAGGACAUCUCCUUCUUGGACAAAGAAACUGUUGGUGACUUGACUAGCAGACUUGGGUCAGAUUGUCAGCAAGUAUCUCGUGUCAUUGGGAAUGAUCUCAAUCUGAUAUUACGGAAUGCGCUUCAGGCAACAGGUGCACUGAUAUAUUUGUUUAUCUUAUCUUGGCGUCUUACAUUAUCGACAUUGGCAAUCUGUUCUGCCUUGUCAACAAUUAUGUUCUUCUAUGGACAAUACCAGAAGCAAGCGGCAAAGUUAACUCAGGAACUUGUUGCAAGUGCUAAUGAAGUAGCACAAGAGACAUUAUCCUUGUUCCGGACAGUCCGUGUUUAUGGGACAGAAAAACAAGAAUUUGGAAGGUAUAUGAACUGGCUUAAAAGUUUGUCAGAAGUCAGCUUGCGACAAAGUGUGGCUUAUGGAUUUUGGAGUUCAAGCUUCAAUUUCCUGUAUCAUUCAACACAGAUUAUUGCAGUUCUGGUAGGUGGAAUAUCUAUUCUUUCUGGUCAGAUUUCAGCAGAACAGCUGACCAAGUUUAUUCUAUAUUCUGAGUGGUUGAUUUAUUCUACCUGGUGGGUGGGAGACAACUGGUCUUCAUUGAUGCAGUCAAUAGGAGCAAGUGAAAAGGUUUUUGAGCUGAUGGAUCUACUGCCAAGCAAACAGUUCUUAGCUGAAGGAGUAAAGUUGCAGAAGCUUGAGGGCCGUAUUGAUUUUGUUGAUGUCUCAUUUAAUUAUCCUUCAAGAUCAACGGCAACAGUCCUGAGAAAAUUAAACUUGUCUGUACACCCUAAUGAAGUAAUUGCAAUUGUUGGUCUUAGUGGAAGUGGUAAAAGCACCCUUGUCAAUCUUCUCCUGGGUUUAUAUGAACCAACAAGUGGCCAGAUAUUAGUCGAUGGAGUCCCUCUUACAGAUUUGUCUAUCAAAUGGUUGAGGAAGAAUAUUGGAUAUGUAGGACAGGAACCACGACUGUUCCGCAUGGAUGUCAGCUCCAACAUAAGAUACGGGUGUCCUAGAGAUGUAAGUCAUGAGGAAGUGGAACGGGCUGCAAAACAGGCAUACGCUCAUGAAUUUAUAUCAUCUCUUCCCAAUGGCUACGAGACACUUGUUGAUGAUGCUCUUCUUAGUGGAGGUCAGAAACAAAGAAUUGCUAUUGCCAGGGCUAUUCUUAGAGACCCAAAAAUUUUGAUUCUUGAUGAAGCCACUAGUGCACUUGAUGCAGAAAGUGAAUUCUAUGUGAAGGAGGUUCUUCAUUUAGUGCAAAAUAGGUCUAGUGUAAAGAGGACUGUUUUGGUAAUAGCACACAGGUUAUCUACAAUACAAGCAGCCGACAAGAUAAUAGUGAUGGAUAGCGGAAGUAUUGUUGAGAUGGGGAACCAUAAAGAGCUGAUUGAAAAGGAUGGCUUAUACGCACAGUUAGUAAAACGGCAAGCCAAUCCGUUUGCAUGUUAGUUCAACCUACAAAUUCAUUAGGAGAUUCGUCGGAUCGCUCCAUGGUUUUAUCUGAGUGGAGCAACCAUAAAUUUGCCCGAACCAUGAUGGUCCAUUCCACAGAAUCAGUAUAAUGUACAAGAUACGUUUGCUAUUAAUUUCCACAAAUGUAAAGCAUUCUUUUGCAAGGCCUCAAAUGUUGUUUACCAUGUUGUAUGAUCAAAUGCUAUCAUAGGAGGUGCACCAUAAAUGGUGCUGUUUCAUUUGCUCAAUUUGCAAGGACCAUGUUGUACAAACGCAGCUAGAAGUCUUAUUAAAAAGAAGAAAGGUGGUUUAAGUUGUGGAUUAAUAAUGUAAAUUCAAUGCCAAAAUCCCUAUUGCCAUGGGGGCUCUAGAA